UCGCUACUAUUUGCUGAUGAAGAGAGACAAAAUCAAGCACGCCAUUCGCGCUCCUGACUUCGUAAUGUUUCAUUUUCCCCGCUCCAUUUUUUUCGUAUUAUUCUCGAGCGACAUGAGUCACUUAUAAAUUUGUCGCAGGAGCGUCUGUUCUCAUAGUAAAACGCUCACUCGCCCGAUCAAGUUUACCAAGCAUUUGACGCAACAGUUGAGUUAAGAAACUCGUGGAAAUGGCUGUUGGUUCGUAUAUUCUCAUUUUCGUAGCGACCCUCGCCGCUUACGGCGAGGCAAGAUAUGCGGAUAAGUGCGACCUGGAUGCCAGCGCAAAACCCAGUGGAGCUUGCGGCACGGUCAUCAGGCACGGUCUGAACGAAACUCAGAUUCAAGAGAUCCUCGAUGCUCAAAAUUCGACCGACGUUGGGCCACGGAAAUGGUCUCGUGAAUUGGCUGCCGAAGCUCAAGCCUGGGCGAAUCAGUGUGAGAGCGGGGCUGACCCGUGCAUAGAUUAUCGCUCUUCAAAGAUUUCUCAGUCGUACGUAGACAUGCAGAAUCCCAGCAAGGACCCGUCUCUCACUGAAAUGGUCAAGUUCAUGCAUUCGCGCCCAGAAUUCAGCUUCUUGAUUCCAAUCAUCGAUCUCGACUUAAGUUUUUUUAGAUUUCGUAGAAGCCUGAACCGUAGAAGUUUGACCGGUGACUUUACAAAUAUGAUGGGAUGCGGUUUUAUUACUUUCAAGAAGACCUCUCAGCCAACGAAUCAUCUCUUUUGCUUGUACGGUCCUGAAGAAAAUGAAAAUCAAUCCACUACGACUUCUCCAGCGAUCACAGAAUGACGUUUCAAUCGGCCCUUCAAAAAGCAUCGUUUUGUCGACAAAUUAGCAUUUGAUUAAGAAUUUUUUUUUUCAAUUAUUGCUUAAUUUCACUAUUUCGAAAAUCAGCGUUUUAAUUAUUUUACUCGACGACUAUUAUUUUUUGAGAAAUAAAGGAUUGAUGCGUUACAAAAUA